GCUGAUAAAUCAAUGGAUGGAGCAAAUCACUCUAUGGUGUCAGAAUUUGUGUUCCUGGGAAUCACCAACUCCUGGGAAAUACAACUUCUCCUCUUUCUGUUCUCUUCUGUUUUUUAUGUGGCAAGUAUGAUGGGAAAUUCUCUCAUUUUGCUCACUGUGACUUCCGACCAUCACUUACACUCCCCCAUGUACUUUCUAUUAGCCAACCUCUCCUUCAUUGAUCUGGGAGUUUCUUCUGUCAUUUCUCCCAAGAUGAUUUAUGAUCUGUUCAGGAAACAUAAAGUCAUCUCCUUCAGCGGCUGCAUCACUCAAAUCUUCUUCAUCCACAUCAUUGGUGGUGUGGAGAUGGUGCUUCUCAUCGCCAUGUCCUUUGACAGAUAUGUUGCCAUAUGUAAGCCUCUUCACUAUUUGACUGUUAUGAGCCCCAGAAUGUGUAUUCGGCUUCUGGUCGCUGCAUGGAUAAUUGGCUUCCUUCACUCUAUGGUACAACUGGCAUUUGUUGUAAAAUUGCCAUUCUGUGGCCCUAAUGUUCUAGACAGCUUUUACUGUGAUUUUCCUCGGUUCAUCAAACUUGCCUGCACAGAUACCUACAGACUAGAGUUUAUGGUCACUGCCAACAGUGGAUUUAUAUCCCUGGGAUCAUUCUUCAUACUGAUUAUCUCCUAUAUUUUUAUCCUGAUCACUGUUCGGAAACACUCUUCAGGGAGCUCAUCUAAGGCCCUCUCCACCUUGUCAACUCAUGUCAUGGUGGUGAUUUUAUUUUUCGGCCCUUGCAUUUUUGUUUAUAUGUGGCCUCAUCCCACAUCCCACCUAGACAAAUUCCUUGCUGUUUUUGAUGCAGUUCUCACUCCUUUUUUAAAUUCAGUCAUCUAUACAUUCAGGAAUAAAGAAAUGAAAAUGGCAAUGAGGAAAGUAUUCAGUCAGAUUUUUAUUUAUAGGAGGAUUUUGUAA